CCCGGCCGGCAUUUCGUUCGUUGGGCCUAACGGUAGCGUGCUGAUUGGGAAUGCCGAGCUGGGAGCAUUUGAGACGGCUCGAAACUACCUCCACUACAAGUUCGGCGUUACCGUCGUCCAUGUUUCCGGACGUUGACUUGUGCUCGGAUGUGAGCCAACGGUUCCCAGCUACAGGAUUCCCGGCACGGCAGGUGGUUUCCUGGCGAUCUGGAGGCCAGCUAGCGACAUGUCCUUCAAUCCGUUCAUCGAAAGAGCCGGCGGGAAGUACAUUGACGUAGAAGAGGAGGACGAAGUGAAUAUCGACGGGGCCAUCAUCGCGGCGUUUGAACAGUACGCCAUUCCAACAAAGGAUGCCAUCGUCGGCCUCGCUAGCGUCUUCCCCGACUGCGACGCCAUAACAUUCGUCAUCGACACGAUUAUUAUCGAGUACCCCGCAACAGACGAACAGUCUUUUCGGAGGCGGUUACAAACCCUACCCGACUACAUCCCCGGGGCGCCAUUCCACAUACGGUACCACAACGGGCCGCUUCCUAACAAAUCACAGCGACGACGCCUCCGCUGUCCACAACCUGAGCUGGACGAGGAGGACGAGAAUAGAGUAGAGGACGAUACCGACUACGUCGCGCGGGACGGGAGGUUCUACCCAGGGAGCAUGAUCUCAUCCACUGCCCGUGACGGCACUACGUACACGUCAGUAACAGCCGGCGUCUUGGUCUUCAAGGGUGACGAAAAGAGGCUUACCUGUUCUUGGCACAACUGGGAGAAACACGAGGACCAGUACCCAGGACUGCUCGGCGCCGAUGACGAUGAGGCACGCCGAGUAUUUACGGUACUCCAGGGUGAACCCGGAUCCAAGGUCGGCCACGUGGUGCGGCGCGUCGCGAGCACCGAAAUUGCCCUGGCGAAGCUCGACGAGGAGAUUGUCUUCGAAAACACGUUCAUGGACAUCCGAGCGUCUGCCAAAAGACUCGUGCACAGUGACUCAGUCCAUGUCGGCGACGAGUACGUCGUCGACGGCUUCCCGAUCGGCAAGCGGAUACUUCCCGGCCUAGGUGCGCGGUUUGAGUUAAAAAGGGGCCCUAUUCAUCCAACCCUCGUCCCGCCAAAUAACGACCAAUCGAGCCUGCCACCCCCGGGGACAUAUGUCGCUGUGGUGCAAGGUGUGUGUGCGGCGACCGACGAGCUCGACACCAAUCAGCCAAUCAUACACGGUAGGACGUGUGGAGCGGUGUUGGUACGAACCCGCGACGCGAGUAACCCCAGCCUCAACAGGACGCAGAUGCUGGCACGUGGGGAAAUAUGUGGGUUUUUCUACUACGUCAAUCUAACGCCGAAGCACGCCAGCGAGGCGUUGUACUGUCUCGCGUACACCGAAGUCUUCGACCUGUUGAUCGACGAGGGUUGGCGGACUGUGCCUCUUCUAGCUUGACCUACAUCGUGUGCGACGAGAACGGGUCGGCCGCGAACGACCAAUUCCUCCGGCUCACCGACGGCCUCACCAUGGCGCAGGCCCAUUCAGACGCCAUCAAGCACUUGGACAAGCACGAGUCGCGCCGGGUGACACAAUACAACAACGAGUUGG